UCUGGAAUGGACUACGACGCGGUGUAUUGUUCUGCUUAAAGUCGAUAGAAGGACUGGGCUCUUGAACCCGGCCCGUUUUCUCGCUACAAAGGAGUUUAUGGUCGCUUCUGCUCCCUCUUCCGUUUUGACCGUUCAUCUUCUUUCUAACCAUGCGUCUCUGACGCCACUCGCGGGCUUCGUACUUUCUUGUUUUAUUCUUCUCUCUCGAUGGGCUAAGGAAAGGAGUCGCAACAACCCGUCCCCAAUCCCGUCUGCUUUUUUGCCUUCGUUUCCUCCCCCUUUCUACUUCCACUGGAUCCCCUCCAGCGAUUUCCACCUUCGCUCUUAACCGCUUCUUUCCGUCUGAUUUGACAUCUGGGGCCUUGGACUCCCUUGGCUUCGCCG